GCGAGCAUGGUGUCGCCGAGUCAGCGCGGCUCCGGAAACAAUCAGCGGGCGAACCAGGAGCCGGCCAGAGGCGCGCAGACCCCUCGCAACUCGAGCUCCAGGAACCGCGGAACGCAGGUGCAGGACAUACAACAGGUCCCUCAGUUCUCGACGGAUCCCGGAUGGACGGACAUUCACACAUACCCGCAGAUGCAACAACAGACGCAGCGGCGUUCCAGUGGGUACAACACCAACUCGCGAUCCAGAUCGCAGCAGCAACUGACCGUCAACAUGCCGCAGACACCGGCCGCACCGAACGGACGGUGGUGGCAUACUGGGUCCCGCUCACCUCCCCAAGCCCUAUCGCCAACUUCCGGAAACCCCCUCCAUUAUGAUUAUAAACGCUGAUGAAGCGCAGAACUGAACUGGAGUAUCCGUGUAUGUGGGGAGAGGUGGGACAUGUAAGCAAAUCGUUCUGUCAACUGUUGACGAAAUCCGUAAACAGUUAACGUUUGUACAUCAUCAAAACAAACUUUCGUUCUCUGUGUGUGAUUAAAUGGGCGUGGCCUAGCCUUUCCCGCCAAAUCUCCCGUAAUGGACCACUGGACAAGGUGCGAAUUUCAGCAUUAUGAUACAUGUUUCUUAACCAAAAUUUCACGUAGAACACGA